CUCCCGAGAGCAACCGGGAUGAACGGGGGUCACACCGAGCGGGGCUGCAGCGCGGGGAACGCGGCCAAGACCCCCGGGUGGGCUCCGGGCUCCGGGUGUGGGGGGUCCAGGCGGGAGGAGAAGCGCUGCUGAUAACGGAGCAUCCCGCACGGCUCGGCCCCGGUGUGUCCGCGACUGUCCAGGGCGGCUCCUCCGGGCCCCCGAGCCCACCUGGCCCCGGUGCCGCAGCCCCCCGCGCCCCCCGCCCCGCACAGCCCGGGAUAGGCUGAAGGCUGCCGGCACCUAGCGGCUACUCGGGAAAAGCGGGAGCGGGCGGGAGCCCCGGCUGCCUCCUGGGACCCGGCCCCGCCAGUCCCCGCUGCACCGGGAGAGGACGGGAGCCCGGAGACGCGGGGAGCAGCCCCUGCGCCCGCGGGACAGCCCCGAGCAUCACCCGGGGCUAGUGACCCCCGAACUGCGCCUGGGGCAUCGCAGUCAACACGGGGUUUGGGACAACUGGAGGGACAUGUCUGGAUGUGAGGUGGGGGCCGUGGGCACAGCACGGGGGUCUUGGAUGUGGCAGGGGGGCCCUGGUGUGGGGGUCAGUGCGGUGGGUGGGACAAAUGGAGCAGAGCUGCCUGUCAUGCAGGCUGAGAAGCCCAAACUCAUCUCAUGGGUGAGUACAUCCAGUGCUCAGAGUGGCAUUUUGAGGCUUGAGUGACAGCACCGGUGGCAUUGCCACCAGGGCUCUCCAGACAAUCUUCUCUCUCCCAUGCAGGUGAGCUGGGCAGCAGCAAGUGCAGGCAAGGAUAGGGGCAAGCAGGGUCUGUGUCCCCCACACUCCCCAGCCCCCACAAGGUCUCCUCACACAGCUCUGAGCCCCUGCCCUGCCUGGCACUGCUGCACCGUGGCCCUGACUCGGGGCAGAGCCACCAGCCUUGACUCAGUGUCCCAGCAGAGACCAAACCCAAACAGGUGCCCAGUCCUGCCCAGGCUGUGGCACCUUAUCAGGCGCUGGCAGCACUGAGUGCCCGCCAGGGAGAUUGUUGUGUCUGCAGGCAGUGGGGAUAUGCAGGGGAGGACAGUUCCCUCACCUCUGCCCCGACACUGCUCCUGCAGCUCCCUGUCCCAGCACCGUCCCAGCACCAUCCUGUAACACUGACUGGGGCUGGGCUGGUGCCCCCCACAGUUGUGCUGCCCCCACCCCAACACAGCUCUGAGGCCAGGCAGGGGCUCAGUGCUGAUGUUUGGUGCUCAGGCCCUUGCCUGGGACAGCCCCGUGUCCCCAGUCCUUGAUGGGGGCUCUUUGGGAUUCCUGAGGCUGUGGGGGCCCAGACUGGCUGCAGCUCCUCAGCCACACACCCAGCAGGGUCUGGAGCUGCCAUAGCCCUGGGGAGAGGUUGCAGGAUGGCAAAAGGCAGGAGCAGGAGAGGGUUGGGGGUCAGAGAGGGCUGUAACCCCCACCUGAGGGUGGCUCUGAUGAAACCAGUGAGACCCCAGGCCCUUUGAAUAUACUUUGGGACACGAUGCCUGCACAGAUGCUGCAGGACUCCAAUACCAGCAGCAGGACAGACCUCAGGGACGACCCGCAGCCAGUGCCCCCUCCUCCACUGCAUUCACUCCCCAUUUCCAGGCAGCCUCUCCUCCCCAGCCCUCCCUCGCAUCCAUCCUGGCAUCUCCUCCCUUCCUGCGGCUCCCAGUGCCCCCUGUCCCCGGGCUGGCAGCACAGACGGUGUCCGGGCCCCGUGGGGGCUCAGCACCCUCCGGAUGCGGUCCGUGGGUGCGGGGCGGGCCGGGGGCGUGGCGGGGCCGCCGAUAACAGCGGGCGCCGAGCGGGGGCCGCGGGACCAGACGGCACAAGGAGUGGGACGAGCCAAGGACCCCCCCAUCGUGGGCAGCAGAAUGGGGUCCAGCAGCCUCCUGAGACUCCUCUGCAUGGUCUCGGUGCUGGCCAGCUGCCUGCACCCCGCCACGGCCCAGUGGUUUUCCCUGGGCUCAGAGGACACCACCCCGGACCCGGGCACCAGCCCCGUGCCCCCCGGCCUGGAUGGGGAGGAAGACACAGACGCCAGCGUGGAGCCCGCGGGGAAGGUGCUGCUGAGCAAACCUCCUCUGGUAACAGCCCCUAAACGCCGGGACCAACUCUCAAAGGGGGCAGCAAAGGGGUCAGGCCGUGCUCCACCACGCACACGAGGCCAGCACCGACCCACGGCCGCCCCGGAGAUCCUGGAGGGGAGCGCGGUGGAGGAGGAGUUCCUGCAGAUCCAGACCACGGCCAAGGGGCUGCCCCGGCGGCUCCCGUCGGUCCCGGACACGGACCCUGCCCUCCAGGCGCACAACACCUCCGGCUGUGUCUGCCCCGUGCGCCCCGGCCCUCCCGGCCCUCCCGGCCCAAAGGGAGAGAAGGGUGACCGAGGGUUCCCCGGAGAGAGAGGCCAGCCCGGAUUUCUAGGGGAGAGGGGGAAGCCCGGCAGCCCAGGACAGCCGGGUCACCAGGGUCCCCGGGGCCCUCCGGGACCUCCGGGACCACCGGGACCCCCGGGACCCCCGGGUGCUGGGGGAUCCCGGGGCUCACCCGCGCCUGCUGCGCUCCCUGAGAGAUCAGAGAACGAGCUGGGAGUCUCCAGCCCUGCAGGUAACCCGGGACCCCCAGGUCCCCCCGGGCUGCCCGGCAUGCCCGGACCCCCCGGCUACCCAGGGCACGAUGGCCCCCAGGGGGCCCCUGGGCGGGAGGGAAAGCCAGGACCCCCAGGCCCCCCAGGAGCCGCGGGGCCACCCGGCUUCCCUGGGGCUGAAGGACUCCCAGGGUCUCCAGGCUCAGCUGGGCCGGAUGGACCCCCAGGGGCACCCGGACUCCCAGGGCCUCAGGGUCCCCCCGGGGUGCCUGGGCACGAAGGACCCCCUGGUCCCCCAGGAUCUGCAUCACACCCUGGCAAACCAGGGCUCCGAGGGGAGCCAGGAUUCCCAGGACAAAAGGGCGAGAAGGGCGAGUAUGGGCUGCCAGGCAUGCCAGGGAGCCCUGGCCGGACUGGAGAACCAGGGUCCCCAGGCAUGCCCGGUCCCAUGGGGCCACCAGGACCACCAGGGGACUACAGGUGUGACUCACGCCACGCUGGACACCACGGGCUGGCCGGGCUGCCGGGCACCAAGGGAGAAAAGGGCGACCCUGGAGAGCCGGGGUGCUGCUAUGGGGAGCACGGGUGCAAACCAGGGCACCUCCCCUUCCCCAGCACCGGCAGCCAGCCCGGCUCGUGGGGCUCCAUCAGCAGGUACCAGACGGAUGGCAAAGAGGAACCAGAGAUUUAUGGAGCCAUCAUCCCCCAUGCUCUUCGAGGUCCCCCCGGGAACCCCGGGCCCCCUGGGCCCCCCGGCCCCCCUGGCCCUCCAGGCCUCCUCUACCUCAAUAGGGUGCACCCCGUGCAUGCCCAGCCGCCCUGCAAGCAGCCGGCAUCCACAGACCGCAGCUGGCCAUCAGAUGCUGGUGUCCCUCAGGCAGAGCCAUCGGACUCCCGCGCUGAUCUCCGGCGCCACACGUGGGUGUUCAAGUCCAAGGAGCUGAUGGUGAAGGCGAGCAGCGCUGUGCCCGAGGGGAGCCUGGUCUAUGUGAGGGAAGGGAGCAGCGCCUUCCUGCGGACCCCCGCCGGCUGGAGCCGCCUCCUGCUGGAGGAUCCCAAGUCGUUCCUGGCUGGUGAUGACCCCUCUGCCUCCACCCCACAGUACCAGGAGGUGAAGAGGGUGCAGCCAAGAGGUCCCAACACGCUGUCACCUGUGCAAUAUCCAACAGACUCACUGAUCCAGAAGGAGGAGGAACAAGGGCUGACCCAGACUCUGCCCACCACCACAGCCCCACGGAUCCCAUCUCUCCGCCUGGCUGCCCUCAACGUGCCCCUGUGGGGCGACAUGAGCGGGAUCCGGGGCGCUGACCUACAGUGCUACCGGCAGUCCCAGGAGGCCGGACUCUACGGAACCUUCCGGGCCUUCCUGUCAGCCCCCAGCCAGCAGCUGCUGUCCAUCGUCAAGAGGACAGACAGGACCCUCCCCAUCAUCAACCUCAAGGGGCAGCUGCUGGCCAAGUCCUGGAGCUCCCUCUUUGGGGGUGCUGCCCUGCGGGGUCCCAUCUACUCCUUCAACGGGCGCAACGUCCUGGCAGAUCCCCUCUGGCCCCACCGGCUAGCCUGGCACGGCUCCACGCCACGGGGUGGCCAUGCCCGCCGCUGGGACUGCCAGGGCUGGCGCAGCUCUGGCACAGCCCAGGGCAUGGCCAGCGCCCUGGGGGAGGGCAGGCUGCUGGCUGGGCAGAGGCACAACUGCUCCACGCCGCUGGCCGUGCUCUGCAUCGAGGUGGCUUUUCCUUACCGGCACAUGUGGUGACAAGGGUGACACCCAAGCAGGAGCUCCAGGUGUUCCUCUAGGCCUGGGGAAUGUCCCUGGGAGCACUGAGGGGACACCAGGUCCACAGCCAGGCUGUGCCACCCCACAGAUCCCUGUGCCAUGGGGCAAUGCUGGGUUGUGCCUGCAGCCUCCUACCUCCACUGGAGCCAUCACCACUCAGAAAUAAAGAUAUAAAAAUGUUGGUUUUUAUGA